AGCAGCGAGUCGCCUCCGUUUGCUACAUUUUCUGCUCUUAUCACAGGGAAAGAAAAGCGAGAAAGAAUGGCAAGAACCAAGCAGACCGCUCGCAAGUCUACUGGCGGCAAAGCCCCCAGGAAGCAGCUGGCCACCAAGGCCGCUCGCAAGAGCGCCCCGGCCACCGGAGGCGUCAAGAAGCCUCACCGUUAUAGGCCCGGUACCGUGGCUCUGCGCGAGAUCCGCCGUUACCAGAAAUCCACCGAGCUACUCAUCCGCAAGCUGCCCUUCCAGCGCCUGGUCCGCGAGAUCGCUCAGGACUUCAAGACCGACCUGCGCUUCCAGAGCUCUGCUGUCAUGGCUCUGCAGGAGGCCAGCGAGGCUUACCUGGUCGGACUCUUCGAGGACACCAACCUGUGCGCCAUCCACGCCAAAAGGGUCACCAUCAUGCCCAAAGACAUCCAGCUAGCUCGCCGCAUCCGCGGAGAGAGAGCUUAAGCUACACGCUCUCCUAUCAACAACGGCUCUUUUCAGAGCCAACUCACUCACAGCAAGAGCUCGCUCCUUUGAAGUGUGAGCAUAACAUCGAUGUAACUGUAACAAUCUUCAUGCUCUUUCUAUACUAGAAACUAUAGUCGGCAUGAAGCUG